GCGUCCGCCGUAUAUCCCUCACAUUUCUACGAGGUGCGCGCACGUGGCCACGUAUGCAACUCGCGCGGACCCAUUCGGCACUCGACACCUAUUCGACGUGAUCCCUUCGCAUCGCGCACCAACGAUCGUCCGCCCGUGACGGGAUAGACACGCGCGAUAUGUCGUGGUCGCCGUCGUCGUGCGUCAGUGGCGAUCCGAUGGACUUGGCAGACGAUGAUAUUGAAUAGCAAUACCAAACAGCAUUCCACGGAUGAAAAAUACUUAAAAACAUAUUUGUUCGGAGAAUUACAAUUAAAAGUUUUAACAUGUACUAGCACUAUUAAUUUUGAUACAGAAAAAGCAUCAUGGAUUAUAAUGUAAAAAAAAAACAUACCGUCCACUGGUUCCGUAAAGGGUUACGACUUCACGACAACCCUAGUUUGCGGGAGGGAUUGGUCGAUGCCAAGACAUUCCGAUGCAUUUUCAUACUCGACCCAUGGUUUGCUGGUGCAUUAAACGUCGGCAUCAAUAAGUGGAGAUUUCUGUUACAGUGUCUUUCAGAUUUAGACGCCAGUCUGAAAAAGUUAAAUUCUAGACUGUUCGUCAUAAAAGGACAGCCAGCAGAGGCAUUACCAAAAAUAUUUAAAAUGUGGGGUACGACGAAUUUUACAUUUGAAGAAGAUCCCGAACCAUUUGGCCGAGUAAGAGAUCAAAAUAUUAAAGUCAUGUGUCGAGAAAUGGGAAUUUCCGUUAUUACACAUUGCACACACACUUUAUAUAAAUUAGACAAGAUCAUAAACAUAAAUGGCGGAAAAGCACCAAUGACUUACAAUUUAUUUCAUAAAUUGUUAGAGUGUAUUGAACCACCAGAGGAGCCUGUCCCUACCAUAGACGAAGAUUUUCUAGGAGGCGCUGUUACGCCGAUUGAAUAUGAUCACAAUGAUAUAUUUGGUGUCCCUACACUUGAGGAACUUGGAUUUAUAGAACCAAACAAUCUAAUUCGACAGAAUAUAUGGAAAGGUGGCGAAACCGAGGCAUUAGUACGACUACAGUGUCAUUUGGAGCGCAAAGAAUUCAUCGCAACCUAUGGCAAACCACAAAUGACAUCACAUUCAUUGCUAGCUAGUCCUACCGGUCUUGCGCCUUACUUAAGAUUCGGAUGUCUGUCCACCAGACUAUUUUUUUCCAAACUAAACAACCUUUACCAAAAAAUCCGCAAGACCCGGCCGCCGUUGUCGUUGCACGGCCAAUUGUUGUGGCGGGAUUUCUUUUACUGCGCGUCUCACAACAAUCCGAACUUCGAUCGGAUAUUAGGGAAUCCAAUUUGCUUACAAAUACCGUGGGACAAAAAUCCUCUGGCUCUGUCCAAGUGGGCCAACGGCCAAACUGGUUAUCCGUUGAUCGACGCGAUCAUGAUCCAGCUGAGGCACGAGGGAUGGAUACACAGCAUAGCGAGAUACGUAACCGCAUGCUUUCUCACGUGGGCUGACUUGUGGCUGUCCUGGGAGGAAGGAAUGAAGGUGUUCGACGAACUGCUGUUAGACGCCGAUUGGUCGGUGAACGCGGGGUCGUGGAUGCGGUACUCUUGUUCGUCGUUUUUCCAAGAUUUUACCCACAGCUAUAACUGUCCAGUGAAAUUCGGUCGCAAAAUCGACCCGAACGGCGAUUUUAUAAGGAGAUAUAUUCCGGCGUUAAAAAAUAUGCCUACUCAAUACACCCACGAGCCAUGGUUGGCACCAGAAUCGGUACAGAUAGCUGCCAAUUGCAUAAUCGGUAUCGAUUACCCGUUGCCGAUUAUCAAUCAUGAGUUGGCUUCUAAGAUCAAUUUCGAGCGAAUGAAACUGGCUUAUCAGGAACUGUCCUUCGGUCAGCCGCGAUUGGAAAACGGGAAAAUGAUUAUACUCGGCUCACCGAGGAGAUCAACACCACGAAUGCCAUGUCUUGCACCGCAAAAAUAGCACAAAGACAUAAUUGUGUUUUGCGUUAUGCGCAUAAUUUGGCUAUUAUUAAUCCGAAGCACUAAAUUGACACGACCCGGUAGUAGAGUCUGCAGGAAAAUUAUUAUUGUAAGGCGACCGAUCAAUAGUUUCAAUGAAUUUAAAAUCCGUUUCUACGUUGUAAUUUUAUUUUAAUUGCACGUACAAUUUUACAAGGAUAGGGCAUGUAGUAUAACAAAAAAGUAUACGAGUAUAAUGUUUCUUCACUUCACUUGAGUUAUACAUAAAAACAUAAUCAUUUAAUGCUACGAUGAAUUAAUACAUCUGUGAUUUAACUUUUAUUUUUAUAAAUAUGCCGUAUUCAUUUUUAUUAGGUAUAUAUUGUAUAGAUUAUAAAUUGGUGUAUGAUAAUAUUAAUUUUACAAUGGUGUUCAAAUUUAGUUAGAAAACUAAUACAGAUUUAAAAUUAGAAGAUUCAUCAUAAUGAACAAACUGGACAAAAACUCUCAAAUCCAAUUAUUGUCUUGCCUUGUGAAAGGGGUAACACCGAGAGGUCCGUAUGGUCCCUCUCUUCUAAUGGUUAUAUUUUCGAAUUUUUUAUUUUGUAUAAAUAUAUGUGUGUAUUAUUCAUAAAUUUAAAAAGAGAAAAUGUAUAAUGACAGAAACGUGAAUUUAAUUAUAAUUUAUUCCAAGUCCCUUCAGAAACUCUGGUCACGUAACUCUAGUAGAGCCAGAAAAGAAAAUUCGUCGAUGGAGUAUUUGUACCUCCGCCAUUAUAUUUAUUACAUGUAAUUCGAAAAAUAGUUAUAUAAGACACGUUUACGUCGCUAUUCUAACUAAUUGUAUUCAUAAUGGUGUGACCAAUGGGAUUUUAGAAAUCAAGGUUUGUCGAUUUUUUAUUGAACGAAAUUUGAAAACAAGGUUUUUUAAAAUAAAAUGUCAUACUUUGUUUCCAAAUGUGUACAAGAGUGAAAUUUUAUAAAUAAUGAAUUAAAAAUAUUUAACUUAUGGAUAUUUGCUGCCAGGUACCAUAAAAACUCAUGUGGCUUCUCAGGAACUCAGUAAGUUCAAUAAUUAAUCGAGCUUUAAAUAUUUAUAUUCUUGUGUAUGCAUAUCAAUAUGCUGCCUAAAUAGAUAGAAAUAUGACAUUCUGAAACCACCAUUACCCCUUACCGUCAUUGCUGCCAAUCAUUUAUUUUUUCAUUUUUCUUCUUACCGCCUGAUUGUUUACUCAACCACCUUUGUGUGUGAACCCAGGAUCGAGUGGGUGUAAGUAGUCUCAUUACUCCAUCUAACCCCCAUCGUUAAUUUAAAAGAAAAUAUUUACAAAUAAGGUUUCCAUCACGAGUAGCCACGUUCGUGUAAUCUAUGUAUAUUAUACCCCCUUCAUUUUUUUUUUCGUCAACUGAUCACUCACAUAAUAUACCAAUAUUGUACACAUUCCUUUUAUUUUGGAAAAGUUCAUAUACUCCCCUUAUACCUAUAUUAUCAUAAAAAUAAAUUAUAAAAUUAUAUUAUUAUAAGACUAUAUUAUUUAAAAUUAUUAAUUAUUACGAGACAAUGACCCAUAAAGUUGUGACGGGCGAAUAUAAAUUCCCACACGAGAUAUAUCAGGUAAAAAUUACCCGUGGGUUUGUCUACGUAAGUUUCUACACGAAAAAAAUAUACCGGUACGUAAGUUCGUACAUGAUAAAAAUUAGCGUAAAUGGUUGUUUAAUAUAAUAUAAAAUUAAAAUGAAUACAAAUAUUCUUCCCUCUUUAUUUAGAUUUUGGAUUGACAACAUACUUGGUGGGAUGAAAAUUUGUUGAUUUUGUACCUUGUAAAAAAAUCUAAUCCAAUUUUCAAUUGAAUCUUGUCCAUAUAUAUUUAUUAACGUAUAGUUAUUCACAUGAAUACAGUGGUUAGAUCAUAUAAUGAGGAGAGAAUGAAGUAGUUAGAGUAGCAAUAUAAUGGAGACUACAAGGAAAAAGACCUAGAGGUAGACCUAAAAAAAGAUGAAUUGACGUGGUAGAAGAAAACUUAAAAACCCUUAGAGUUGAAGAUUGGAAAGAGGCAAUUCAAGAUGGAAAUAGUUGGCGAAGAGUAGUGAUGGCAGUUAAAUCUGUUAGAGAGUGGAUAUGCCCAUAGAAGAAGUUAUUCACAUAUUAUACGUAUUUAAUAUAAUGAUAAUAAUAUAAAUUAAAUGUUGUGUAGCCAAUUACAAAAGCUCAAAUUUUUAACAUACAAAAUCAUACUGUGUUAUUUUAAGUUAUUG